GCGGGCGCGGGCGGGCGCGCGAGGGAGCCCGGCCGAGGGAUGGGCUGCGCCCCCAGCAUCCAUGUCUCGCAGAGCGGCGUGAUCUACUGCCGAGACUCGGACGAGUCCAACUCGCCCCGCCAGACCACCAGCGUGUCGCAGGGCCCCGCGGCGCCCCUGCACGGCCUCUUCGUCCAGACCGACGCCGCCGACGCCAUCACCCCGAGCCGCGCGUCUGGACCCCCCAGCGCCGCCCGCGUCCGCAGGGCUCGGGGCGAGCUGGGCAGCAGCAGCAGCUCGGGCUCCGCAGCCCCCGCCGCGACCACCUGCAGGGGCCGGAGGCGCCACUGCUGCAGCAGCGCGGAGGCCGAGACCCAGACCAGCUACACCAGCGUCAAGGUUUUGCUGAUCUUUGCAAAGGAAGAUAGUCAGAGUGAUGGCUUCUGGUGGGCCUGUGACAGAGCUGGUUAUAGAUGCAAUAUUGCUCGGACUCCGGAGUCAGCCCUUGAAUGCUUUCUUGAUAAGCAUCAUGAAAUUAUUGUCAUUGAUCACAGACAGACUCGGACCUUUGAUGCAGAAGCAGUGUGCAGGUCAAUCCGGGCCACAAAUCCCUCCGAGCACACGGUGAUCCUCGCAGUGGUUUCACAAGCAUCGGAUGACCACGAAGAGGCCUCAGUUCUUCCUCUCCUCCACGCAGGCUUCAACAGGAGAUUUAUGGAGAAUAGCAGCAUAAUUGCUUGCUAUAAUGAACUGAUUCAAAUAGAACAUGGGGAAGUUCGCUCACAGUUCAAAUUACGGGCCUGUAAUUCAGUGUUUACAGCAUUAGACCACUGUCAUGAAGCCAUAGAAAUAACAAGUGAUGACCACGUGAUUCAGUAUGUCAACCCAGCCUUCGAAAGGAUGAUGGGCUACCACAAAGGUGAGCUCCUGGGGAAAGAACUCGCCGAUCUGCCCAAAAGCGAUAAGAACCGGGCAGACCUUCUCGACACCAUCAAUACAUGCAUCAAGAAGGGAAAGGAGUGGCAGGGGGUUUACUAUGCCAGACGGAAAUCCGGGGACAGCAUCCAACAGCACGUGAAGAUCACCCCAGUGAUUGGCCAAGGAGGGAAAAUUAGGCAUUUUGUCUCUCUCAAGAAGCUGUGCUGCACCACUGACAAUAAUAAACAGAUUCACAAGGUUCAUCGUGAUUCAGGAGACAAUUCUCAGACAGAGCCUCAUUCAUUCAGAUACAAGAACAGGAGGAAAGAGUCUAUUGAUGUGAAAUCGAUAUCAUCUCGAAGCAGUGAUGCACCAAGCCUACAGAAUCGUCGCUAUCCGUCCAUGGCCAGGAUCCACUCCAUGACCAUCGAGGCUCCCAUCACAAAGGUUAUAAAUAUAAUCAACGCAGCCCAAGAAAACAGCCCAGUCACGGUAGCAGAAGCCUUGGAUAGAGUUCUAGAGAUCUUACGGACCACAGAACUAUACUCCCCUCAGCUGGGUACCAAGGAGGAAGAUCCUCACACCAGUGACCUCGUUGGAGGCCUGAUGACGGAUGGCUUGAGAAGGUUGUCAGGAAACGAGUAUGUGUUUACUAAGAACGUGCACCAGAGUCACAGUCACCUUGCGAUGCCCGUAACCAUCAACGAUGUUCCCCCUUGUGUCGCUCAAUUACUUGACAAUGAGGAAAGUUGGGACUUCAACAUCUUUGAAUUGGAAGCAGUUACACAUAAAAGGCCAUUGGUUUACCUGGGCUUAAAGGUCUUCUCCCGGUUUGGAGUAUGUGAAUUUUUAAACUGUUCUGAAAGCACUCUUCGGGCCUGGCUCCAAGUGAUUGAAGCCAACUACCACUCCUCCAAUGCCUACCACAACUCCACCCAUGCUGCGGAUGUCCUCCAUGCCACAGCUUUCUUCCUUGGAAAGGAAAGAGUGAAGGGAAGCCUUGAUCAGCUGGAUGAGGUGGCAGCCCUGAUUGCUGCCACAGUCCAUGACGUGGACCACCCAGGAAGGACCAACUCUUUCCUCUGCAACGCAGGCAGUGAACUUGCUGUGCUCUAUAAUGACACUGCUGUUUUGGAGAGUCACCACACGGCCCUGGCCUUCCAGCUCACAGUCAAGGACACCAAAUGCAACAUUUUCAAGAACAUUGACAGGAACCAUUAUCGAACACUGCGCCAGGCUAUUAUUGACAUGGUUUUGGCAACAGAGAUGACAAAACACUUUGAACAUGUGAACAAAUUUGUGAAUAGCAUCAACAAGCCACUGGCAGCUGAGAUUGAGGGCAGCGACUGUGAAUGCAACCCUACCGGGAAGAACUUUCCUGAAAACCAACUUCUGAUCAAACGCAUGAUGAUUAAGUGUGCUGACGUGGCCAACCCAUGCCGCCCCUUGGACCUGUGCAUCGAAUGGGCUGGGAGGAUCUCCGAGGAGUAUUUUGCACAGACUGAUGAAGAGAAGAGACAGGGGCUACCUGUGGUGAUGCCAGUGUUCGACCGGAAUACCUGCAGCAUCCCCAAGUCCCAGAUCUCCUUCAUUGACUACUUCAUAACCGACAUGUUUGAUGCUUGGGAUGCCUUUGCACAUCUGCCAGCCCUGAUGCAACAUCUGGCUGAUAACUACAAACACUGGAAGACAUUAGAUGACCUAAAGUGCAAAAGUUUGAGGCUUCCAUCCGAAAGCUAAAGCCAAGCCAGAGAAGGGGACCUCUUGAUCUACAAAGGGCACUGUGAAUCACAGUAGUGUAAACAAGAGGCUUUCCUUUAUAUGACAAUGACAGGUAUAGGUGAAGGAGCUAAUGUUUAAUAUUUGACCUUGAAUCAUUCAAGUCCCCAAAUUUCAUUAUUAGAAAGUUACAUUACAUGAAAAAAAACGUUCUUUGGAACAAUCACUUAGUGACAGAACAAAUACUUGGCAAAUGCCUUUGCUCUGCUGUCAUCCUCUGUGCCCUUGUCAAACCAUGAAGCUGAUUCACUGUAACUGGCAGGACACAAGAAGCAAGGACUUGGUGCCCGUGAGCUCAUCUCCCUGGAUGGUGACUAAGUAGCUUAGCUAGUGUUCAGCUCAUCUCUCACCACCACUGUUGAGCUUGACUAUCUUCCUCAAGAGCAUUGGUCUGAAGGAUUCAUAAGAAGCUUAUCUGAAAAGAUAUAUCUAAGAAAAAAAACUACAUAAAAUGAGCAAAACAACUAGGACCAAAUUAUUGAUAAACUAGUUAGCUUCACAGCCUCCAUGGCUAGGUGGUUCUUUGGUCGCUGGUGCAACUCCCAAGUAAAUGAGUGCCCUCUCUAGCCUGGUAGCAGCACCCUGUGUAGUCCUUUUCAUGUAAAAGGGAUUCAUCUUAACAGAAAGCUAUCCAUGAUGGGGGAGGGGGUGGCAUCUCAUUUGGGGGCAAUCCAUGAGUGUCCCUUACUUCUGGCUCUCAGAGACAGCCACAAGACACUAUACGGAGUAUUCUAUAAAAGCCAUUAAAUCUGAAUGCCCUUCGACAAGAUUUUUUUUAAAAAAAUUUAUAUACAUUUACUGUUUAAAUUUUUUAUUAAACUCUAAAUUUUCUGGGCAUAAGCCCAUGGAGUAUGUUGUGCUGUGCACCACCUAUACAUUUGGGGAGGGGAUAGGGGAAGUUUCAAGGUUCAGAUAUUUUUAACCUAUCUAUAUUUGAGAUCAUGCCAUCUGCUUUAAUGAUGUAAAAGAAAAAAUCGCAUGAUGUGUAAAUACAUCAGAAAAUAGGCAUAUGGGGAGGCAGUAAAUACUAUUUUAAGCUAUUAAUUGUAUGCUAAAAGCUUCUAAAGCACAAGUGCAUAUUUUUCUACAGCUCUUUUCACAACUUUCUGUGAUCUGCAUAAAGUCAGACUUGAGAUUUUCCUUUCUCUCUUACCAGCCAACCCUUCUCUAUGUAUUAUAAAUAUUAGAAACUCAGUAAACAAAAUAUCUUUGUUUUUCUUCCUCUGUACUCCAUGCUGCAUUUUUAAGAAGUCUAAAGAGAGACUGAAUUAAUUGAAUCAGUAAUUACUUUUUUCCAAAUAAAAACUGGAAUGCAGAAUACUUGGAACUAGUACAUGGGGAGAAAAAAAUGACUUAUCACUACAUAAUGUGCCAAUGUUUUUUUCUAUGUUUUGUACCAAAAAUGGAAACAUAUGACAAUUCCAUACAAAGAAAUGUAUCUAAAUUAUUUUUGUUAGAUAAGAAAACAUGUUUGGUCAGGACGGCAGCCAGCUUUGCAUUGUAAUGCUGUAUUAUGUAAAUGUGAUGAAAUGUUUUUGUGAAGUACUUGUAACUAAAUUCUUACAGCCAUUUUUCAUUCCUAGCAACUGUUUUUAUUUUACCUCUUUGGCCUAAAUUUUUCAUAAUUUCAAA